GAAAAUCCAGCUAUGGCUGUUGCAAUCAAAACAUGUAAAAACUGCACCUCAGACAGCGUUAGAGAAAAAUUCUUACAAGAAGCCUUAACGAUGCGUCAGUUUGAUCAUCCUCACAUUGUGAAGCUCAUUGGAGUUAUUACGGAAAACCCAGUUUGGAUAAUCAUGGAGCUCUGUACGCUUGGAGAGUUGAGAUCGUUUUUGCAAGUAAGAAAAUACAGCUUGGAUCUGGCUUCUCUGAUACUCUAUGCUUACCAGCUUAGCACAGCACUUGCCUACUUAGAGAGCAAAAGAUUUGUACAUAGGGACAUUGCUGCUAGAAACGUGCUGGUGUCUGCCACUGACUGUGUCAAAUUAGGGGACUUUGGUUUAUCCCGAUACAUGGAAGACAGUACUUACUAUAAAGCUUCCAAAGGAAAAUUACCUAUCAAAUGGAUGGCUCCAGAGUCAAUCAACUUCCGACGCUUUACCUCAGCUAGCGAUGUGUGGAUGUUUGGUGUGUGUAUGUGGGAGAUCCUAAUGCAUGGGGUAAAGCCCUUCCAGGGAGUGAAGAACAAUGAUGUGAUUGGGCGAAUUGAGAACGGUGAGCGGCUCCCAAUGCCUCCAAACUGCCCUCCUACCCUCUACAGCCUUAUGACCAAGUGCUGGGCGUACGACCCUAGCAGACGACCCAGGUUUACUGAACUUAAAGCACAACUCAGUACAAUACUGGAGGAAGAGAAGCUGCAGCAAGAAGAACGAAUGAGAAUGGAAUCCAGGCGACAAGUCACAGUAUCCUGGGACUCAGGAGGAUCAGAUGAAGCUCCUCCCAAGCCCAGUAGGCCUGGUUACCCCAGUCCGAGAUCCAGUGAAGGGUUUUAUCCAAGUCCGCAGCAUAUGGUGCAGCCGAAUCAUUACCAGGUGUCUGGCUACCCUGGUUCUCAUGGAAUACCAGCCAUGGCAGGCAGCAUUUAUCCUGGACAGGCCUCUCUCUUGGAUCAAGCAGAUUCCUGGAACCAUCGGCCUCAGGAAAUAUCAGUGUGGCAACCAAACAUGGAGGAUUCAGGCACUUUGGACAUAAGGGGAAUGGGGCAGAUUCUACCCACGCAUCUCAUGGAGGAGAGAUUGAUACGACAACAACAAGAGAUGGAAGAAGACCAGCGUUGGCUUGAAAAAGAGGAACGAUUCCUGCUUGAUAAAACUAGUCGCUUUGUGAAAUGA